AUGAAUAAGACUUUUGCCAGAAAUUAUGGUGGUGCAAUAUAUAUUGAUUCAAAGAAUUCAGACAUUUAAAUUGAUGGUUUAGUUCAGAAUUAAAGUUCAGCUUUAAAUAUGAUGGGAGGAGUCAUUCAUCUCGAGAAUGCUAAAUCUAUAAAUGUAUCUAACUCUGAUUUCUCAUAAUACCAUAGUCCAAGUGGUUCUUGCAUUUCUAGCGUUGGAUUUAAUACUUAGAUAAUCAUUUCUGAUUCAAAAUUUCAAGAGCAUGUCGAAUUCUAGUUCCCAAAUAAAACAUAAUUGCUUAAUAGCACAUCUAUUGGAACCUAUGGAGUUAUUUAUAUUACAGAUGCAGCAAAUGUUGCUUUUUCUCAGAAUGCAUUUUUAAAUAAUUACCAGAAAAAGUAUGGAGGAGUAGUCUACAUUAGAAACUCAAGCUUCUAAGAUUUUGGUUCAAAUUACACUAGAAGCAUUGCAGUAUAUGGAGGAGCUAUUUAUUUAGAAGAGAAAAGCCAUAUUGAAUUGAAAAAUAUAACUAUAGAAUACAGUACUGAUAUAUCAGGGCCGCCUAAUAUGGAGCAAUUUAUUACUAAAGUUAUUACUAAAAUGAAUCUGAUCUUAAGCUUUUUUAUUUCUAGAUGA